AUGGCAAAGAGACCGAGAGCCAGGAAGUGGGAUGAGGAAGCAAUGGGUGAAGGUUAUGUACUGACGAUCCAUUGCAAAUCAAGGGAUGAUGAUUUGGGUGUCCAUUACCUUCCCCAUAAUGAGUAUUUCGACUGGCGUUUCAAUGACAACAUUUGGGGAAGUACACUUUUCUUUUGCCACUUUCAAUGGAGAGAUGCAGAUGUGUAUUUUGAUAUUUAUGAUGCAACAAGAGAUCGACUUCGUUGUUCUCUGUGCUGGUGGUCUGCGAGGAUUGAUGCUCUUUAUUCUGUGGACUACAAUACUGGUGCAGCUGAAGCUUGGCUUCAUUGGCAUGGGUCCUUAUCGCUGAUUGAGCUCGGAGGAGUCGAUGGUUUCAAUUACCAAUAGAGCUUUUUCUUUUCAUCUU